UUUGCGCAGGCGUUAUGGGCGGAGAAAGGGUCCCGUUCCAGGAUUGGUUGCGCAGGCGCAGGGAAGGAUCCGUUUUGGCGGGCGGUUGGCGUUGCGCAGAAGGCGGCGGCAGCAGUGGCCUGUGGUGCAGCCUCACCACACGACAGGGCGGGCGUUAGUGUGAGUGAUCACUCUCGAUCCCAGGAAUCCGGUGGCCUUAGUCCUUCAGGUGGAACGGUGUGCGACAUGGGAAAGAAAACCAAGAGGACAGCUGACAGUUCUUCUUCAGAGGAUGAGGAGGAGUAUGUUGUGGAGAAAGUGUUAGACAGGCGUGUGGUGAAGGGGCAAGUGGAGUAUCUGCUAAAGUGGAAAGGCUUUUCCGAGGAACAUAAUACUUGGGAACCAGAGAAAAACUUGGAUUGCCCUGAACUAAUUUCUGAGUUUAUGAAAAAGUAUAAGAAGAUGAAGGAGGGUGAAAAUAAUAAACCCAGGGAGAAGUCAGAAAGUAAUAAGAGGAAAUCCAAUUUCUCGAACAGUGCUGAUGAUAUCAAGUCGAAAAAAAAGAGAGAGCAAAGCAAUGAUAUUGCUCGGGGCUUUGAGAGAGGGCUGGAACCAGAAAAGAUUAUCGGAGCAACAGAUUCCUGUGGUGAUUUAAUGUUCCUGAUGAAAUGGAAAGACACGGAUGAGGCUGACCUGGUUCUUGCAAAAGAAGCUAAUGUGAAAUGUCCGCAAAUUGUGAUAGCAUUUUAUGAAGAGAGACUGACGUGGCAUGCAUAUCCUGAGGAUGCGGAAAACAAAGAGAAAGAAACCGCAAAAAGCUAAAGGAGGGGGUGGUCUUUGUCAUUUCUCUUUGUACAUAAUACAUUCACCUCCCUGCCUCCUCUCCCUUCUACCCACACCCUUCUAUCCUAAACACAUCCAUAAAAAUGUGCUUAUCACUGUGCUCCACAGGAGAAAUGUUGGUAUUGGUUCUCUUGUAACAUAACUGAUGGUCUGAUUCAUGAUAAGUGUCUCUCUGUGAAGACCAGGCAUUUACAUACUGUGUGUAAUUCCUACAAAGUUUUCCUUUGCCCUAAUCUCUUCUGCUCCCCUGUGACCUAAAGAUAAGUUUUAACUUUUAAUUACCUUAGAGUCUUGAUCUUUUCAGGGUUGGUUGCUUUUAGAUUGGGGGAUGUUAUAGCAAAGAUGGUGAAUUUUUGUUUCUUGCUUUAUUUCUUAGAACAUGUUGAUGACCAGCUGGCCUUUGUUUUAACAUGUUGGGUUGGAAAGGAUGUUGCCCAUCUUUUAAAAAGCCAGUAGCAACUGUCUACCUAUUGGGCUUUCCCAACCUUGUUCAGCUCUCCCCAGGAGAAUACAGGGUCCCCGGUGUGGUCUUCUUGGCCACCUUCUGUUGGUCAUCUUCACCCCUCUUCCCAGAAUAACUCUGUCCUUUUGAGGACUUGAAAUUUUACAUCAGAAUUUGUCAGGACACUCCUUUUAGCCUCUUUGGCCUUGUUCUUAGCAAUCACUGAUUCUGCUUCUGUAUGAUGGUGUCAGUUUGUCAUGAAAUGACAAGAUUAUUAACUGGAGAGCCUAAGCUGUAGUACAGGAUGAUGGGGUAGGGGCAGAUACAGUUGUUUUUCAUUAUCACAUAGAUUGUGUGUAUUCUCUCCUUCCGUCCCCCAUAUUUAGACUAUAUAUUUAUGUAGAUGUGAGUGAUUGCCUGGUGCUUGCUUGUGCCAAGGUGCUAGGCACCCUCCAACCUUGCCAACUUUUGUGGCCUCCCAAAGCAUUCUUGUUACCAAAGAGGCUUCAAACCUGAUCUUACUUCUCAGUGGAUCCAAGUUUCCCUUCCACACCAUUAUUUUCAGUGGGGAGUUCUUAGAGGGGAACCAUUGGCCACAGAGUCACUUUUAAAUACUCAGCAGUUACAAGUUUUCUGCUUGCUUCACUCCUGGAUUUGCCACCAGGAGUUCCUUUUCCCUUUUUCCACUCUUGAAAUUUUGGUUGUAUCUUUUUUUUUUUUUUUUUUUUUGGUAUCGGAUAUCGAACUCGGGUUCUUGCACUUGCGCAGCAGGCGGUGAAACCACUGAGCUAAAUCCCCAGCCCUGGUUGUAUUUUAUAUUUGCAAAAUGAAUUUCCAUGGAAGAUUAUCACCUGAGAAAGUGGCAGGUCCUGGCAUUAGCAUAUUGGUACAACUUCUCGCUACUCAGCAAAAUAUUUCCCUUUUGAUUUCCUCUGCUUUGCUAUUGUAUUGAGAGGUUUUUUUGGUUUUGUUUUUGUUUUUUCGCGAUCAUAUCCUUCUCUGCCUUUGUCCGCUAAGAAAUUCUCUGCUUCUCUUCAUCCUUUCCUGUAGUUGAGGGGUCUACUGAAGGAAAUGGCAGGGUUUUUGGCAUCUUUGUCUCAGUCCCAAAGCUGAGGGAAUGAGAAAAAUGCUUGAAGCAGCCUUAAUUCUAAAGUUCACCAGCCACUGAGGUAGUUUGUGUAGUUAGUUGCUUUUGAGUUUUAAAAUACACAGCUGUCUGGCCAGAAGCAUUCAACCAUUUCUAGGUUAUUCAUAGUAAUGAGGGGCAUGGAUGGAUUGAUCCAGUCCACAGAUGAGCCAAAUAAUAUGCAAAUCAUAUACUCAUUUGUAGCAUUUGUUAAAAUCACUUCCCUGCUCAGCUGCUGAUUGAAUUCUGUGAGCUUUUAUCAAUUAUGUCAAAAAUUACACUGCACAGUUAAAGAGACAGCUGUUGCUGCAGUGACAUGACAGACUGGAACAAUGAAGCUUUUGGUUUGAGUCAGCCUAAGAAAAUCCUUCUGAAUGGUAAUGUGAUUGGGUGAGAGCUCAUAACCCAUACCUUAUGUGGAUGGGAGUUUCUAUCUCCAUAUUCCAUUGCUGUCUGAGGGAAUUAAAAACUAGAUCAAGUGCUGGAUAAUUGACAGUUGCUUAUACUUACUCUGGUGGGCACCACAAAGAAGGAUGGUCAGAAAACAGAUUUAUCAUACAAGUAACCAAGGAUAUCAGUAGGGCAGAUGAGAAUAGGAGGAAGGUAAGCCAGGGCUCCUGAGGAGGUGAUCUGAGCCUCUGGAUUUGCAGCUGGAGAAAAUGACAGUCAGUCCCACUAGCCUGUGUAUCCCAGUAGUAGUGGCCAUGUAAAUUGCAGUGACCAUGUCUUUAAAACCAAACACCUAGCAUGUGGACAAAAAAGAGCAAUAUUUGAUACUAAGAUUGAUCUUGAGAAAUCAGAAGCAUAUGGUUACCGUGGUUAUAGUUAAUGUUCAAGACAGUAAUCAAACUCUGAUUUUCUUCUACCUAAAUAACCACAGUAUCAUCUACCACUCAUUACUCCUUUAAUACUCUUCACUUCAUCUUUUUCUGUCCUUUUUCCAGUUUAUAGAAUCGUGGUUUUUCACUGAGUUGUCACCAAAACACCUUGUGUUCUCUCCUUGCUAAUGGGAGCUGGUUUUACAGGAGUGGACCUCACCACAAAGGAAACCAGAUACCUGCCUAUUCCUCUAGCAUUUGUUAGUGCUGAGUAGCUGUCCUUUCCCUUAGAAAUUUGUAGCCUCAAACAGAAAACUUUCAUGGAAGUUUCUCCCCUCUGAAGAGUUAGUAGCCAUGGGCAAAGCACUUUUAAACACCUAGGUCUCAGGUGAUCACAGGUUUUUUUUCUGUGCUUAAUUCUCUUUUAAAACAUCUUUCCAAUGCUGAAUUUCUUCUAGUAAUGAGCAGUAAAUGAUAACCCUUUCUACAGAGUUCAGCAGUGCUUUCCCCAGAGAGCACCAAGGACAAUUUAGUAAGUCUUCUAAUCCUGAGCAGAUGUGUUAAGAUCAACUGCUGGGAAGGUCAGCCUGGAUGGAAGUGCCCAUUUUAAACCUGGAGAGAGCUACAUUGGUUUUUUUUUCUCCCAUCAUUACAAUCUAAUAACAAACGCUUUGUUAAUAAGGCUUGGCACAUCUGUUAAUAUCUGAGUAUUUAUCUCUGGGUAAUACAGGUUCAUUCAGGCACUGAAAGAGGGUAAUUUCUUGCUGUUGGUGCAGUGGCCCAUGCCUGUAAUCCCAGCACUCUGGGAGGCUGAGGUAGGAGGAUUGCAAGUUUGAGCCCAGCCUGAGCAACUUAGCAAGACCUUGUCUCAAAAUUUUUAAAAGGGAUGGGGAUGUAGCUCAUUGUGAAGGCACUGGGUUCAGUCUCUAGUACCACAAAACAAAGUAAUUUUAUCAGCAGGGACUUGUGUCAGGUGGAAACCUUUCCCAUAAAUACACUUACCCUGGAGUCUCAGACUCAAUAAGUCUAGGUGGGUAUAGGGUGAAGCCUCUCCCAGUUAAGAAAAUUGUCUGACUUUGUAUGGUAUAGUAGCACAUGCCUGUGAAGCAGAAGGGUUGCAGGUUCAUGGUUAGCCUGGAUAACUUAAUGAGACUUGUAUCAAAAUUAAAUAAAAAGGCGGGGAUGUAGCUUAGCAUUCCCUGGGUUUAUUCCCCAGUACUACAAAAACAAAGCACUCUGAUCUCAACAGUGUUCUUUAUUCUGACCCAUGUGAUCUCAAGAAAAAGAAUUUAGUUCUGCCUGGAUAAUUGUGUUGGCUAGCUUUGGAAGUCAGAAUUCCCAAGAAUUCAGCCCACUAUUGUGGAGGUUAAAGUAUGAAGUUCUUUAGAUAGCUUCAUAAAAACAAUUCUAGUUUCUUUUUGUUUGUGCUGAAUUUCUUGGAUUUUAAUCUACCUCAUCUUGUCUUUCUCAAGUUACUUCUGCCUGUCAUUGCCACUUGAACAUUGUGCUUGACUACGGUUAUUUUUUAGAUGGAAUUUUUUCCUGCUCAUUGAUACUUCAUUCUCUUGCCUUUUGUCCUGGUCCUCAUUUCACCUAACAUCUCACAUUGCUCCUCUGUCAGAGAACUGUUUUAAAAUAGUUUAAAAUCUAGUUUUUUGGGAAAGAAGUGAUCCUUUAAUACUAUUUGUCUUCUUUAGGUUAGUAAAAGAAAGAGUUAAAACAAAGUGGUGGGAGAGGGAAUGGAUCCUGCACUGGAGGCAAAAGCUGACAAGGAAAGAGCCAUUAAUUAAGACAAUUUCAAAGUCAACUGAUUGUGAUCAUUAAUGUCACAAUAGAUCAAAACCUAAUUAUCACAGCCUAGGUAAGAGCCAUCAGUAUUAAUCGGAAAAUAUAAUAGGAAACUAUUAUCAAGAAAUUAGGCCAAAUUGAAUGCAAUGAACUUUUUAUCUUGUCAUUCUUUAUUUGUGUGUGUGUGUGAGAGUGAGUGUGUGAUGUCCCCUGGCAUUGGCAGGUGUGACCCUAACAGUUGAUCCAAGCCCAAGUGGUCUAUUCAUCACAUUUUUAAGGAGCUUUUUUUAGAGGGGAGGAAUCCCAAACAGACAGAACCUGAAAUGUCAUUGCCAAAAACAUCAUUCUUGAACUUUCUCAUCACCUGGAUUUGUCCAGUGUGAUCACCUGUCAGUGAAAAAAGAGAAAAAGCUUAUAGGUCUUAGAAUGAGUCCUGGAACAAGAUGUCCCUUGUAAACCUUGUAUUGUGUGUCUUUGAGCUUCUGUUGCUCGUAGAGUCUCCUUAACACUGGCUGCGGUGAGGGCCAUGAAAGGAAGGGAGGGGUAUUUUGGCUGGAAAUUUUCUGAGCACAGCUGAAGCGACAGUUUGCUUGUGUCUCAGAGCUCUUAAGGCUCAAAACAGUGUUUUCCAGAUUCCAGUAGCUCUAGGAUUUCAUUCUAAAACAGGGUUGGCUGUGGAUUUGGAACCCUCCUCAUCCCUGUAGUUUUAGGGUAAGGGACAUAAUUUCUGUCAGAAUCCAGUCAAACCAAAGUGGGUAGAGAAGGUAUCAGCUGGUUUUUUGGUUUGGUUUUGUUACUGUUGGGUAUGUUUUUGUUUUUCUUUUGCCCCCUCUGGUGUUAACUGUUCUGCCUCUGGCAGGAGGAAAGAAUAUUGUAAAAGUCUGUGUGGACAGUUAUAGAGAUCACCAUUUAUGUCCUUAAUCUUGAACUGUUUUGGAGAUGCUGUAGCUCUUGGGGUGAGGAGAGGUGCCACACAGGAGGCAUGUGGGGUGCUAGGGUUCCCACAGCCCACCACUGGACAGUAGUUUUUUGGGAUUUUUUUGAUACUGGGGAUUGAACUCGGGACCUUCUGCUUGUGAGGCAGAAACCCACACCACUGAGCUAAAUCCCUGGCCCCUAGGCAGUAGUUCUUACUCUUCCUGUUUAAGAGGGGUCUUGCUUCUCUAGUGUAAGAAAUUGGGUUACUCGGUACAAAACUUUGAGAAAUUGGUGUGACUUAGUCUUUUAUCUCUGAAGUGAAAAGAAUUUUUUUUACAAAAGAAUCCAUGUGCUUAAUGUUUAAAAUGUAAUUUUAUUUUCAAAAUACCCACUAACAUGGUUUUCAGAAGCUGAUGGUUUCUCCAGUGUUCUUCACUGUAGGCUAGAUAAGUGAUAGGUCCUCAGUUAGUCUUGUAGGUUGAUUGAGUUCAUCUGGUUUGCAGAGUACAGUGUACCUGCCAACUUCCUUUUGCUCUGAAGUAUACUCUGAGAAGCAGCAGAAGAAUUGAGUGGAUGCUCACUGUGUGUGCCAACCUGCUCAACUGAUUCAUAAUGCCUGACCUUGGGCAAGUCAUUCCUUCAAUGCCUCAGUUCCCCAUCUGUCAAAUGGGGGUAAUAAUACUGACCUACCUCACAGGGGUGUUGUGAGGCAUUGUAAAUCAAAGUUGAAGAAUACUUUAGGGUCCUCUGUGGAGGACCCCUGGAGCCGAAAUUCAAGCCUGACACAGGUUUUAAUACUCACUGAGUUGUCACCAGGUUUGGAACUACUUAGUGACUUCGGCAAAUUCUGUGCUCCCACCCCUCAUCAAAGCUGCUAGUUCAGAUGACAGUGUUUUUGUGAAUGUUGGAGUUGUAAUAGUGCAGACUUAACUUAGGAUGUUAUGGAGGAAGGCACUAGUAUUUUGUGUCCUACAUUCACAAAAAGAGGCUAUUUCAAACCCAAGAGUGUUGGACUAGGGAAUCAUGAGGCCGGGAUGCUACUGCUUAUCCUUCUCUGCAGUUUGGGAACUAAGGUCCCAUUUCCUGUGGAUUUGGAGCCAACUCAGACUGUCUCAGAAGCAAAGCAACCCUUGGUUUUGAUUUGUAUCAAAACUGAUCCCAGGGCAGCUAGGUCACUGCAUUCCUUCAUGCUUCUAAGCUCUCAUAGAAACCAGGUGGUUCAAUAAAAAUAACAACCUCUUCAUUCCCCGCCAAAAGAGCUACAUUAGAAUUUUUUUUCCUGAAAUACUCUUAACACUCACAAUUGUGUAUUGAUCCUUAAGGCUUUAUAUGAUUCACUAUAUUUAGUAUCUGUCAUCUCUCAGUGUCCACAGAUUGAACCUGGCCUUGACCUUUUCUCCCUCUGAUUUGAGAAAACUUCGGACACUACUUCUGUCUGCCCAGGUGUGGGCUUAAGAGCCUUAUUUCCAUCUCAGUUUAGGGGCUCAGACUGCUCCUCUUCCCAAUAGGGCUCUUCUUUCCCCCUCUUGGCCCUAGAUUCAUAACCCAUGAAAAAGCACAAGGUUCUGGCUCCUAGCGAUCACAUUCCAGUUCUCUGUGUUUUGUGGACUCUGCUCCCACUGUUCCCUCAGCACCAGCGGUACCGGAUGGUUCUGUGGAGUCCUAGAGGAUGGAGAGCACAGUCUGACAUCCUGCCAAGUAGCCAGGAGUUGACUCACCAUGGCCUGCUGGCCUUGCUGCCACUUCCCACCGGAUGGGAUCUGAGAGACUCUCAAGAGGCUGGGUUUCUUCCGGCACUGCAUCAUCCUGAGAAGCAAAGCAAGUCACACUCUGUAGCCAGACUUCUAAAUGAAAACGAGACCUUGAAUUUUCUAUGGACUUUGGUUUGUGGGAGAGUUUUGGUUAUGUUUCUUGGUCUUAUUUCAGCCAAACAUGUCUGCUUUUGAUUAUUUUUAAAGGAUAAGUGAUCUAUAUGUAUGUUCACUUUUUAAAUGUAAAUGUUUAAAAGUAGGCAUUUAUGUGUUUCCACAACUGACAUCUGAUUCAGACCUCAUUCUCUCCCCCUCUUCCACCCUUCUCUUCUCCCUUUUCAUACUCUUGUAUUGGUUCUAAUAAAUGGUUGCUUUUCAAAUACGGA